AUGCAGCAUUCCCGGCUGUUCGAGCCACAUCAGGCGCGGGAACUGCCGGAUAAUGAAGAGCCGGCGCCCUACAACGAUCCUGCGCGGGAUGCCCGUCCGAAACCCCUUGGCACUGAUGCACCACCGACCGUGAGGGAUUGCACGGCCGGCCUCACCAGCCCGCCCUCCGCAGUUGAUACAGGUGGGUUCGGGGCGCGAGGGGAUUCGAAGUAUGAGUACCUGCAAAAGGGGUACAUGCUUCCGGGCGGUCUUAUUGAGCAAUACCAGACCAUGCACAAGGAUGUCAUGCCGUGA